AUGUCGGACAAAGCCGCGUCUCUCACGAGCGAUCAGAUCGACGAGCUUCUGCUCUCGGCACGCUACGGCGAUCUCGAGGAUCUUGAGUCGAUGCUCUCGCCGCUGCUCUCUUGUUCUCCUUCUCGCGCAACCGAGCUACUCGCAAGCAUCAAGAACCAAGACGACAAUACCUUGCUCCACUACGCUUCGGCCAACGGUCACCUUCAAGUGGUCCAAUACCUGCUACCCCACAUUGACCUCAAUCUCUCCCUAACACAGAAUGUCUCUGGCAACACCCCCCUGCAUUGGGCCGGUCUCAACGGGCACGUGCAAACCGUCAAAGCACUUGUUUCGCAUAUCGAAACGCUCGAAGCCGCCAAUCCGGAGCAAGCCAAGCAACUCAAUUUGAUCUUCCACCCCAAAUCCGCGUCAUCUCAACCCAACGAUGCAGCCGCAGCCGACGACGAUGGAUCCGAGAGAAAGUUGUGGGAUGUAAGGAACAAGGCUGGAAGAGGUCCUAUGAGCGAAGCGCAAAUGAGCGAGCAGGAAGCCGUAGUCAAAUUCCUCCUCGAGAGAAUGAUCGAUGGUCCCGAAGCCUCCUCCUUGCAGCCUGCUGAAUCCUUGCCGUCCAGGCCGACAGGCUCCACCACAGAUGCCGUCGAGCAACAGACAGCCAAUCUCAGCUUGCACAAGUAG